UAAAGACAAUCUGCCGGAAUAAUAAUUCGUUUGAUAUUUUAGAAUAUUUUCUAGUUUCCUAAGCAACGAGGAGUAAAUAAUAUUAAAAAACUGUUUAUAAUUAAAAUAAAAUCUAUAUUCUGUGAAUAUUUGUUGAAAUAAAUUACCAAAAAAAUGGCUGAGGGUGAUAAAAUUGAGGUACGCGAUAUUACACGCAUUGAACGUAUUGGAGCACAUUCCCAUAUUCGUGGUUUGGGUUUGGACGAUGUAUUGGAAGCUCGUGCUGUUUCCCAGGGUAUGGUGGGCCAGAAAGAUGCCCGUCGUGCUGCGGGUAUUGUCGUACAAAUGGUGCGUGAGGGUAAAAUAGCUGGUCGCUGUGUUCUGUUGGCCGGUGAGCCAAGUACUGGUAAAACAGCCAUAGCUGUUGGUAUGGCUCAGGCCUUGGGAACUGAAACCCCAUUUACCAGUAUGUCCGGUUCAGAAAUAUAUUCUUUGGAAAUGAGUAAAACUGAGGCUCUGUCACAGUCAUUACGUAAAAGUAUUGGAGUACGUAUUAAGGAGGAGACAGAGAUUAUCGAAGGCGAGGUGGUGGAGAUACAGAUUGAUCGUCCAGCAACGGGCACAGGACAAAAGAUUGGCAAGGUCACCUUAAAAACCACAGAAAUGGAAACUAACUACGAUUUGGGUAAUAAAAUCAUUGAAUGUUUUAUUAAGGAGAAAAUACAAGCUGGCGAUGUGGUAACCAUAGAUAAGGCUUCCGGUAAGGUAAAUAAACUAGGACGUAGUUUCACUAGAGCACGUGAUUAUGAUGCUACCGGUGCCCAGACACGUUUUGUUCAAUGUCCCGAGGGAGAAUUGCAAAAACGCAAAGAAGUAGUACACACUGUUACCCUGCAUGAAAUUGAUGUUAUAAACAGUCGUACCCAUGGUUUCUUGGCAUUAUUCUCUGGAGAUACAGGCGAAAUAAAACAAGAGGUGCGUGAUCAAAUCAAUAAUAAAGUCUUGGAAUGGAGAGAAGAGGGUAAAGCUGAAAUAAAUCCAGGUGUAUUGUUCAUUGAUGAGGCUCACAUGUUAGAUAUCGAAUGUUUUUCGUAUCUCAAUCGUGCUCUUGAAUCGGACAUGGCUCCGGUAGUGGUGAUGGCCACUAACCGUGGUAUUACCCGCAUCAGAGGCACAACUUAUCGCAGUCCUCAUGGUAUACCCAUUGAUUUGCUAGAUCGUAUGAUUAUUAUACGCACCGUGCGGUACUCUGAAAAGGAAAUGAAGGAAAUUUUAAAAAUACGCAGCGAAGAGGAAGAUUGUCUUAUGCAUCCCGAUGCUAUGGCCAUUUUAACAAAGAUUGCCACCGAUACUAGUCUACGUUAUGCCAUACAAUUAAUUACUACCGCCAAUUUAGUGUGUCGUCGUCGUAAGGCCACCGAAGUGACGACAGAAGAUGUCAAAAAAGUUUAUUCGCUAUUUUUAGAUGAAAAUCGCUCAAGUCAGAUUUUGAAAGAGUAUCAAGAUGAAUAUAUGUUUAGUGAAAUCGAAGAAGAAAUCAAAGAGGUACCAGCUAUAGUAACAAAACGUGAAGAAGAUGCUGGCGGUGAUGGCCUACCCAUGGAACAUUAAAUAUUUUUAAACAACAUUCUCAUAAACAUUUGAUUUUUUUGUUCUUUUUUUAAAUAUACUGUAAUUUUAUUGUUUUUUUGAUUUGGAAUCAAUAAACUAUUAAGAAACUUAAUAAAAAAAAA